AUGGCAGAGGUGUCCAUAGUGGGGAGCUCCAUAUGGGAUUCCCACUCACCCGCUCCCACCGAAACGAGUCAGGGAUCGGUACCCGAUGAUCUGCCUCCUUUCGCAAAGCUAAUCAACGACGAAGAAAGGGAGAGGAAGGCCGAACGCAGCUCACCCGGCACAUACCAUGUUUUGGUCAAUCCCAACAGUUUUGCACAUCUACCCGAAUAUAGCGACGACAUGGACAUGCGACGUGAAAAAACAUCACCUUUGCGUCGACCUUCCAUCGCAGCAAGCCUUGCUAGUUCCCUAGGACGAGACAGCGAAGUUGUUUCACUACCCCACGACCCAAAUAUCGUUGUGCUGCCACGCUUCGAGGAUGUAGUCCGCAGGGUUACUUCGCGCGAACAGCCGCCAAGCCCUACACUCACUCGUAUCAAGACGGAAGACGAGGGAGACGCCGAAGAUCGAUAUAUGAAACAAUUCAAGCACGUGGUGUGGAAGCAUUUGGUGCCAGCAGAACUGGGUGUGGUUGAUGGGCUGGACAAAUCAAGCGCGCUGCUUUUCGAGCGCGAAGCAAGGUUCUUCCCACCACUUCAACAUGCCAUCAAAGCAGUCGCUGCUUUCAGCUUCGCAACUGACCGAGACCGCGUCGAAGCCCUGCAGCAUUAUCAGGCAGCUGUGUCUGUCCUGAAAGAUACGUUGAAGAGCACGGAAGAUCUCGCUUCUGACGGCUCCUUCCUAACGCAUUUCCUACUCAUCAUUCAUGAAAUUGUUACCGCCGAAGAUUCGCAUUGGCGACAGCAUCUUUCCACACUUAUUCAAAUAUCCGGAUUACGACGCAGCAUCUUUGGCACUGAACGAUACCCCUUCAUUAUUUGGUGGCUUUGUAUGAUCGACAUGGAAGCGAUAUUCGCUGGUGCAAGUUCAGGCGAUCUGGUUGGCAGUCUUUUCAGAAGCGACAUGAUUCCCCAUCCCAGCUAUCACCUGUACCCAUUGGGAAUGGAUGGCUCAAGCAUCGUCUACGGCAACGAGCUCGAUGCUCUACCAGUCAUCCUGCAACUGGAUUUUGAAGUCACAAUUCUAGCCGUUCGCCUGGCUCUGCUCUCCAAAGAAUUUCGCGAACCUGGAGGCGGCUCACCGCACCGUCAAGUCCAGGUCUACGAGCUCCAGGAGUCGUUGCGCGAGCUCUGGGCAACACCCUCGGUGGUGCUCAUCGCGCAAAACACCGACCACCUCCCAGUCCGUCCCAAGCGCCUGUUCGAGCACGCCCAAACCCUCUACCGCGCCUGCAUCAUCUACUCCCACACGUCCAUGUGGUCGACGCAACGUCUCGAAACCCCACCCGAAUACGACACGGAAAUCUCAGUCGCCGCCAACCAGAUUCUCGCCGCCACGUCACGGUUAUUGGACCAGGGCCUCGCGGAUGCCCGCUUCCUGAUCUUCCCCACCUUCAUGGCGGGAUUCGCGUGCCACGACGGCGGGCAGAAGAUCCUCGCCCUGGAAUUGCUGGAGCGUAUGGCGCAGAACAGCAUCGGGAGGAACACGGCGGCUACGCGACGAGCGCUGGAGCGCGUCUAUCACAGGCAGAACGAGCGCUUCAUGUCCACGGGCCAGAGUCUGGAUGUCGAUUGGCUGAAUGUCAUCCGUGAAGAGAAUAUCAUGAUCGUUAAUUUCGGUCUUUGA